CUCAUUUCACCUUUUUCUUCAUUUUCCCCAAAAUUAGAAAUCCCAAAAUUGAAUCUGGAGAGCAGUGGCGCGCCUCCACUGCCUCUCUCACUCUUUCUCCUUUCCGACGAAUCGCCGACCGCCGGAGCUCCGUCAGCAUCGUAUACUCAUUCCAUCUCUCUCUGUGACAGAAACGACACCUCUUUCCAUCUCUCGCAUUCUCCAGCGAUUUCACCGAUAUGGGAGGGGGCGUCGCCUCUCUUCCACGGCGUCACUCCAGCCGUCACCAGCGGCUGCUUGUACUCCCUCCGGCGAUGCGUUUCGACACUCGGCGUCAAUUUCUUCCAUAUCUGCCCUCGCCGUCACUUCGCGCGAUCGCCGUCGGCUGUGCAGUGGUGCAUGCGGCGGUCACGCCCGCCCAGCUCUCCUUGCUGGCGUUUGGCGCUGUUCGCCGCCGUCCAGAGCUGAGCAGCCGCCGCCACCGUCCUUCGCGAGCCGCGGUUGCUGCUGCGCUGGACAGCCACUGCUGGAGCUGUUCGGCCGGUGGUCUCCGAGGAAGCCCCUCGGCCUUAAAGCUACGUUCUUUUACUUCCUUUCAUUACUAAGUAUUUUGUUGAGACUUGGGCAGUAGCUAUGUUGGAGACUUUUUGAUUGUUGUGUUUUAAGGUUGUGAUCUUGGAGAUAAAUUAGUUCACUGAAUGUUAUGGUUUGGCUAGGCAUUGGCUCAUAAAGAUCAUAUCUUUGGCUAUUGAUGUUAUUUCCAUGACUUCAUAAGUGAUCAUGCUUCUAUGGUUCUAAGUUCUGGAAAUUACUCUUGUGACUGUUCUAUUUGAUGCAAAGGGUAUGGUGGUGUUUACCUCUUGGAAAGAAAAGGAACUGUGGUGAUUGGGGAGUUCUCCUUGCUGACUUCAAACUCUCGACUCCAACUUACUCACUGUUAAACUCUCUCCCUAACCUCUAUUCUUUGGCUUCUGAUUGUGAAAUGGAUUUGUGGUGAGAGGAUGGAAAUGGCUGGCUAUGUAUUCAUAUAUAUAGAGGCCGAUACAAAUGUUUGUUGGGAUUUGGUCAAAGGGGUGUGUGCAGAGAGCAGUCUGCUGUCUUGGCUUCUUGCUAAGUAUGUUGGGAGCAGAUUUUUGUGCAGGUGGGGGAUCAGCUAUUUUGAGCUCGGAGUUGGCUCCCUUUUUCAAGUCUUCUUUAGGACACCCUGAAGCUGUCGGUGCAAGAGGGGUUGAGGUUGGAGCUGAUAAAAUAUUUUCACAGGAAGUGGGAAGGGGGAUAGGUGGGCUUCAAGUGGCUGAUUCUCUAGCUAUUGGGCCAAGCAUAAAAGAAUUUGGGCUCAAGAGAAAAUAGGCAUAGCCCAAUACUUGUAUUUUAUAUCAUUGUGGACUUGAUUGUUUAUUUGGACUUGAAUUCCUUUGUACUAAAUGAAAUUCGAAAAUUCUCUUGA